AUGCCAGCAACCAGAGAAGCAAUCAAGUGCAGUCUGCUUCAACAGAAAACCACACGUCGCUCUGGUACAUUACGACGGAAAAAGAAAGUAGAAUAUGGGGAGGCAUGUUGGGUUGCCCUAUGCGUGCACGACGAUAAAAUACCCAUUCUUGAGUGGUACCACGGCGAAGAUUCAGUGAAACAGCACCAACCCUUCAAGGUACUGGAUCUUUUGUUCGCGAACUACGUGAGCCCAGUAGUGGCCGACUCGCGUUCGUUCAUCAUUGGUCUUCGAGAUUUGGAACCAAUUGAAUUGGCCGCAUUGCAUCCCGAAGUGUGCUCGGAGUGGUUGACGUGCACCACGGAAACUCUACGACGCCUGGCGAUUUUUGGCGAUUCGUCGAAUAUCUACGGAUCAUCGUCGCUGGAUAAGAAGUGCGGAUCCGGCGAGUCAAACAAUAUUCUUGACACGCACUUUCCUUCUCAGGGGCAAAUGUCCACUGAAGCAUCUCCUCGUCAUAGGGUUUUCUCGCAUGAUCCUCAUUCUAUGAACAGCGGUUCUCAACUCCACCCUCCGCAGGGUGUCAAACCACCCUUACCUCCACGUUCAAGUGUACAGUUCCCUAGCCGACUACACACUGUGGAUAAGGAUAACGAGGCUGGAAUUGAAGAUACCACCUAUGACAUGCUUGCGAAUCAAACUCGUGUUAGUUGCGACAGCGAGAAGGACGCGGAUUGGUAUGACAGUCCUCGUAGAGUGUAUGACACACUGAGUCCCGGAGUCUCCUCAUCCAACGUGUCGUCAUCACCUUUACAGUCGACGCUUUCCACUACGUCGUUGUGCAGCAGUCUCUCCAGUGAGUUACGAUUAUUAUCUUCAAUACCACAAGGAGAAUUUUCUUCCACUGAGUGCGACUGUACGCGAUCAGGGCAUGAGCACUCGGUAAAAUCUGUCUCACUUAAUUUAUCAGUGCUCGUUGAGCAAGUACUUUUCGUGGAAGUCGUCGGGAGAGUUUGGGUCGCCGGUUGGUCAGAUGCAAACGAUCGUCAGCUAAGCCAGCUAUUUGCUUUCUGUGACGAGCUUAUCGAGGUGGAAAAUGUACCAGUGCAAGGGAUUGCAAACAUUCCCCAGCUGUUCUACUCGUUAUCCACUCCUGGAACACCAGUGAACCUUCUGUUGCGGUCAAUUCCAUUGGGAGUGGUGUACCACCUCAUGAAACCGAUAACGAAGAGCAAAGAGAUUGGUAUUCGACUGCACAAGAACAAAAACCGAAUUGCCGCAAUUCUUCCCGAUUCAUCGGCUGAUCGUCGGAACAUCCCCGUAUGUAUGGCUUCACCUAUUCGAUGUGGAGUGUCUACAGCUGCGGUGAUAACUGAAGUGAACAAACGACGAUUAAAUCCUUUUUCGAAAAACGACCAACUCUUCAAACGGUUGGAUGAGAUACGUGACGGCAGCGAGUUCACGAUUGUUCUGCACCCGCACGAUUUCAUCAAACAAAUGAAGCAACAGAUUCUAUGUGUUCAACACUACAAGUCGUUUCUCUGUCAACAGUAA